CACUGUGAAAUGGAUCGCAAAUAUUUCAUCUUAAUUUUCUUUUGUGGAUACCUCAACAAAAAAGUUUUCUCAGAAACAGAGGUGAUUACAACAGAGAAGCAGCCACAAUCCACUUUAUUUAGAUCACCAGUGUCACAGGACUUAGCUAAUUCUCAAACUAUACAAGAGAAUUAUUUGAGUAAACCAACACAACCCAACAACAUUUCUUCUGAACAACCAACAGCACCUACCAAUGUCACUGCAUGGCAAAUCACAGCAGCUGCCCAUGCCUCUUCUGGAAAACCAGCAGCACCUGCUUCUGCAGGCCAACCACCUACCUAUAAUAUCACCAGACAACCAAUACUAAUGACUAACACCUCCUCCAGACAAUCAGUACUACCUGCAUUCACCACUGCUGGACAACUACCAUCAUCUACCCAAAUUUCCACCAGACAACCAGCAACACCAUUUGUCUACAGCUCUGCUCAACAGCCAUCACCAUCUGCUCACACCUCUUCUGAAAAACGAAUCCCACCAACUGUUCAUAAUCCAUUCACAAAACCAACUUCAAAUGUCAAAAAGUCACCUGUGAUUACACCAGGAUUUAUACCAGAACCCACAAGUAACAAAGAAGCCACACAUAAAACCAACUCUAAUUUAACAGCUGCUAUAUUAAUUGGUGUCAUUUUGGCUUCUAUGCUGGUAGCUAUACUCAUGAUUGUACUAUGGAAAUGCUUGAGAAAACCAGUUUCAAAUGAUCAAACUUGGGCCGGGAGGUCUCCAUUUGCUGAUGGAGAAACCCCUGACAUAUAUAUGGAUAACAUUAAAGAAACUGAAGUACCAGUAAAACGUAUGUCAAUUGUUUCACUUAUGACCUGGAAACCAGGCAAAAACACAGUUUCAGCAGAUGACUUAGAAAUUAAGUUGUUUGAAUCAAGUGAAAACACUGAAGAUUCGAGCAACCCCAAAGCUGAUAAAAUAAAAGAUCAAGUAAAUGGUACAUCAGAGGAUAGUGCUGAUGGAUCAACAAUUGGCACUGCAGUUUCCUGUUCAGAUAAUGAAGAUAUGCCUCCCUUUUUUGAUUUGGAAGGAGAGGAGAGUAAGCAACCUGACAAACCCACAAUAACAACGGAAUCUCCACCUUCAAAAGAUUCAACCAAUCACCCGCCAUCUCUGAACUGUCUCAAUCAAACCUGUGAGGAUCCUAAUUCCGAGCUCCAACAGUCAUUCCCACCUUCCCCUGACUCACUUCACUUACCCCCACCACCAGUGGAUUUUAUGAAAACUCAGGAAGAUUCCAACACUGAGAUCCAGUGUCAGGAGUUUUCUAGUCUUCCAGACUAUGAUCAAAAUCUCAAUGAAUCCCUGCCACUCCCACCUGCAGAAUUAUUAUAA